GAAUGUUUACGCGUCAAGAGUCGGUUCCUUGGCGGGUGAGAGACUAAAUGCUCAAAAAAUCCUAUUAAUAGAGAGCCUACACAUUGGUUCUUCUCAUUCGUUCUUGAAAGUUCCAGAGCUCUUCGCAGCAUUUCCUUUCUUUGAACAAAAACCUUUUAUUCAAAGGAUUCUCUAUUCGAGGGAGUCUGAGAUUAAGUGAAGAAGUUACCUUUCAACGCUUGGAAAAAAUUUCAGAGAUGGAAGACAAAUCUGAACACAUUGUUGGUGGAGAAGAAAGGAUCAAAAAGGAAGAACUCCAUGUCAAAAUCAAGACGAAGAAUGUAGAACCAAAUGAUGUGGUGGAAGAGAAGAAUGAAACGGAACUUGAGUUGAAAAGCAAAUCAGUCGAGAAAGAAAAGCCAAAAUGCAAGGAAGACAGAAGGGAGAAGCAUAAAGAGGAAGAUGGGGAGAAAUCUAAGAAAAAGGAUAAAGAGUCAAAGGAGAAGGUGAAGGAGAAAAAGAAGAAUAAGGGUGAAGAUGGAGAGCAUAAGCAGAAAGAGAAAGAGAAAGAUGAGGAUGAAAAGAAGAAAAAGAAGGAAAAAGAGUGUAAGGUCAACACAGAUGAAGCUGGAGAGAACGUGAAAGAAGAGAAAACAAAAGAGAAAAAGGAUAAGAAAGACAAGAAAAAAGAAGAGAAGGAGAAAAAUGAUGGGCAUUCAAGGGAUAAAGAUGAGGGCAGAGAAGGGGGAAAAGAAGAUAAAAAGAAGAAAGAUAAAAAAGAGAAGAAGAAGCACAAAGAUGAAGACCUAAAGGAGGAAGAAGUGACAGGGAAAGGGAAAGACAAAGGAUCGAGUGUUAAGGAACAGGAUGAGAAGCAUGAGGAGAAUUUAGAGAAGAAGAAGAAGCAUGAAGAUGGCGAACCCAAGGAGAAAGGUGAAAUGAAGAAGAAAGAUGAAACUCAUGAGAAGAAAGACAAAGAAAAGAAGGUGAAAGAUAAAGAGCACAAAGAGAAACAGAAAGUCGAGGAAAAAGAAGACGAAGACGAGGAGGAGAAGAAGAAGCAUAAGGAUGAAGCAGGUGAGGGAAAAGAAGAAGAUGAUGAGAAAGACGGUAAAAAGAAGAAGAAAGAAAAGAAGGACAAGAAAGAGAAAGAGAGGAAACACUCGGAUGCAGCAGCUGAUGGCGGAAAGUGUAAACCUGAAGUUACCUCCAGGGAAAUUGAAAUUGAAGAAAAUGUUAAAGAAUCAGAAGGGGAAGAGAAUAAAAAAGAUAAGGUGAAGGAAGGUAAAGACAAGAAAAAAGAAAAGAAGGAAAAAGGUGAGAAGAAAAGAAAACUUGAUGUUGAUGGGAAGGACAAGAGCAAGGAUAUGGAGAAGCUAAAGCUGAAGUUAGAGAAGCUCAACGGCAAAAUUGAAGCCCUUUUGGAGAAGAAGGCAGACAUCAUGAUGCAGAUGAAAGAAGCUGAACAAGUUGAACAAGCUGCUAAGAAGCCCACAGAUGUGCCAGAGGCGGCUGCCAUUUCAGUUUAGCACUAUCCUGUAUGGAGCUCAUCAUGCCCUUGUGCCUGACAAAAUAAGACAUCCACAAUACUGAGUUUUUUCAUUUCUUU